AUAAGAGCCUAGCGAAGUUGAUGCACCACAGCGGCAGUGGAGCGGAGGUGGGGUAGGGGUAGACAACAUUAGCAGUGAGCACCAAAUGAAUGAUGUCGAGAAAAGCUGAAAAUUAUUCUUAAAUUCAUUCUUGUCUGAAUUUUCUUCCAAUUGAUAUAUCUUCAAGCAUACGCCGUCCUUCCAAUUUAUUUUCCUCGCAAUGGUGCUCAGAAAGAAGACGUUGAUUUGAGAAGGAAUCUGAACUCUCAUCUGAUAUGAUGUUCAAAGAUGUGUCAAAGAUUGUAGUGUAACCUUUCUCGGUCACUUUAGAAACUUCAGAAGACUUCAGCCAUGCUUCAGACGGGUGAUGCUUGUUCAAUUUUCACAGCUUAAACAGCUGUUAAAACAUCGCGACAGUAGAUCGCUGCAGUUGCCACAAGGUUCUACCCACUAGGAUCAUCCUGCCAGGAUCUGUUUGACAGCAUCCUGGAGCUGGAGCUGGAGCUGGGCUGAGUGGAUGAAUGAGCUUUCAUGCAAAGUGAAACCGGCCUUGUGAAAAACAUGGCUGGAUUUGGUCGUCUUUUGGCUUGGUGGAGAAUUCUCUUAGUUUUUCUUAUCUUGUGGCUUGUGGUGCUUCUUCUUUCUGGUGUUCGUUCACCAAAUCCGUCACCAAGCCCAGAGCUUGUUGAUCGAAUGCAUAAAGCGUUCAAAGAUUUACAAGCUCUUAAACAGCAGAAUGCUAAAUUGAGAAGCCUCUUCCUGGGUGCUCAGAGUGGGACGCUCUUAGAAGGUGAUCAAGUGGGAACCUUAGUGGAUGAAAAUGAGCAGAGUGGUGGAACACUCAUUCGUGGGCAAGAUGAACCAGGCUCAGGCUAUGAGGAAAUUCUACGAAAGUUGUAUAAUGGAAUAACUGAAUUAGGAUUUUAUACAAAGGCAGAACUAAAGAUGGCUGUGAAACAAAUUAAAGAGGAACCUACAUCAGCCACCAUUAACCGACUUUUAGCCUUGCAAGCUGGAAUUCGAGAACAUAAACAGUCUCUUUUAAAAUCACUCUCUCAAGUGAAAGAAGAAGAUGGGUAUGCUCUUUGGCGUGAACAAGAAUCAAAGGAUUUGAGUGAUCUUGUUCAACGCCGGAUUCAAUUUCUUCAGAAUCCAGAGGACUGUUCUACGGCAAAGAAACUUAUUUGCAAUUUGAACAAGGGCUGUGGAUUUGGAUGCCAGCUCCAUCACGCUGUCUACUGCUUCUUAGUAGCUUAUGGUACACAAAGAACACUUAUUCUCAAAUCAAAAGGAUGGAGGUAUCACAAAGGAGGCUGGGAAGAAGUUUUCAAGCCUGUCAGUGAAACAUGUCUUUCCCCAGAAGGUGACAGUCUUGCAAAUUGGCCAGGAAAACCCGACACUCAAGUCCUAGUGCUUCCUAUUAUUGAUUCUUUGUUACCACCUCGUUCGCCCUACCUGCCUCCUGCUGUGCCUGCAGACCUAGCUCCUCGUUUAGCUAGACUGCAUGGGCAUCCUCUUUCAUGGUGGGUUGGCCAAUUUCUUAAAUAUUUGCUUCGGCCUCAAGCUACAAUAAGCGAUCUUUUGAAAAAUACUGCGGACAAGUUAGGCUUCAAAGGCCCAAUUGUUGGGGUUCAUAUUCGUCGAACGGACAAAGUUGGUACAGAAGCAGCUUUUCAUCCUCUCGAUGAGUACAUGCCUGCAGUUGCAGAGUGGUUUGAUCAACAAAUUGCCAAUGGUAAAACAAUUGAUAAAAGACGUGUUUUCCUAGCCUCAGAUGAUCCCAAAGUAAUAUCAGAGGCACGAACCAGAUUUCCAGACUACGAAAUACUGGGAGACCCUGACAUUGCCAAAACUGCUGCCAUUGGAACAAGAUAUUCUGACACCUCACUUUAUGGCAUCAUUAUUGACAUUCACUUCUUGUCUCGAUGUGAUUUCCUUGUGUGUACAUUCUCAUCUCAGGUUUGUCGAGUAGCAUAUGAAAUCAUGCAAAGUCUUCAUGUUGAUGCUUCUGCCAGCUUCAGAUCUCUAGAUGACAUAUAUUACUACGGGGGACAAAAUGCUCAUAACUGGAAAGUAGCGCAAUCUCAUGUCGCUAAGAGAAAAGAAGAAAUUGAUUUGAAGGUUGGAGAUUCCAUAGCAGUGGCAGGGAACCAUUGGGAUGGCUAUUCCAGAGGAAAGAAUCGGCGUACAGGCAUGCAAGGUCUCUACCCCUCUUUCAAGGUUGAAGAUCGAGUAGAGGCUGUUAAAUUUCCUACAUACCCUGAAGUUCCUCUGAAAGUGGUUCAAGAUGCUCCAUCUGCUGUGGAGUCAUGAAUAUUUUGUUUUUCUCAAUGGUUUGGUUUGGGAUCCACGUGUGCCUUUUUCACCCGGCUGGCCCGGAAACUCAUGUAUUGUUUUAAGGCAUCUUAAAUUAAUCCAAACAAGAGACCCAGGUUUUUAAAAAUUUUACUUUAGGUUUCUUGAACAAAUUUACUGUGUCAAAUUUUUAACUUGUAUCUUUUAACAUAGAGCCUCAAGAUUUGUAAUAGUUCUUAUUCAUCCGCACUGUGGCAUGACCUUUUGUGAAGUUGCUACCUUAAUUUAAAUGAUGAGACUUGCAGUUAAUGUUCUAGUCUGGAUAUUACCACCAGAUGGCAAUAUUUAUCUGUAGACUAACCUAUCGUAAUACACAGCACGUGGGGCCACUUAUAAAACUGAUUCAUUUUAAUUUUUUCUCUUCAGAAUGUCAUUUUAAAUCUAACCUUCACAUUGUUUUUUUUUUUUAAAUAAUUUAUUCUUUCAUUUAAUUGAGUUGUAUUGGACCUGAACUCUUGAAUAUUUACCGCCCUUCCCCUUCAACCUUCAAGGUAUUUUCUUUGAGUAUUUUGCUUGAAUUUACUCCUGUCUCAAGUGCCACCUACUGUCAAAUACUCACAUUCAAAUUGCCUUAAUUAUUCUCAUCAUGGAGGUAUUUGGAUGAUUGACUGUCUUCCAAUUAGUAUGGUCUCUUACACACUUUAUGUUUUUUCUUCGUAUCAUGAACAUUUUGUUUUAUCAUGUUGUUGCUUUUGGUUAGCUAAUUCAACUCUCAAAUGUAAGUUUCCCCCUACCUAUUGUUCAAAUUUUAAAGCUGUGAAAAUCUGUUGCCCUGGAACAACCAUUAGUAUUGUAAAAUGCUGUACCAGCAUAUAAAUAUGUUGCAUGUGUGUACAUAUUCCCAUGUAAGUGUUCAUGUGUAUAAGUUUGUAUUUAUGGACCUAUGUAUAUUUGAAUUGUAUGGAAUCAAAGAUCAUGAUUUUUAUAGGUGUAAAAUAGACUUUGUUUUUAAAUUGAAUAUCAUUCUUGUGUGUAAGUAUUUGUCCAAAACCUGCAUUAGUGUACCCCUCCUUUAAAACGCAUGACUCUAAAAUUUGUCAGAGAAUAGAUACUUGUUGAUGAUGUUGAUGUGUGGUAAAGUGAGAUGAACAUCGUCCAGGUGACUGUUGCCGAACAUUUCAUUAUAAAAAUAAUCAAAUAACGUGUCAAUGUCAAGAAAUUUAAUCUUGCUGGUUUACCUAUUCAUAUUGUUCCUCUUGUUACAUUACCUUAUCUUUCUAAGCAAAAGUUUUGAGAUUGGUUUCAGAAAUGAGAGAUAAAGUAUGUAAGCUUAUUCUAGGACAUAGUACAAAGAAGUGAAAAUUUUAUCAAAGAAUUGGUUGUUUUCAUGAACACCUCAUAAUUCACAAUUCUGGUCUAUAUGGUAUUAAGGUUCUAUUAUACGAGUUAGACUCUAGUAGUGUUGGUUGUUGUUCAUAAGGGACCAAAAAUCUAUAAAUUUUACAAGUCGCUUUCCUUGGUUGGUACACUUUCCUUUUUUGUCUUUAGAUCAAACUGGUUGAUUCUGUCUUGACUCAUCACUUUUGACCGCAAAGUUUUCAUCUUGAGCACUGUUAUCAACUUGACUUGCUAUUAUUUUUUAUAGUAAACAUGUUGUGUUUUAAAUGUUAUGUUUUGUUUAUUUUUGUAUGUUUUAUUUUUGUUUUCUUUUUUGAACAAAGUUUUGUCAGCAUUUGGUGUAUGGUGAGAUGACUCGUCAUCUUAGAGCGAUCAAUUUAGAUCUGGUUUUUAUUUUAUGCAGAUUUAUUGUUUCGUAAGAUGUAGUUCAACCAACAAUUUCUUAGUAUUAUGAAGAGUUUUCUCCAAACCCGCUUGCACCUAUUUCCCUGUCCCCUCUGACCUGCGGCAAGAGCUGUGCAUGGGUGAACUGAAUUUACCUGGUCCGUGCACCCCAUUCCAAAGCUGGAUUUAGUUAAAACAGGUAGAGGGCAAGAAUGGCCUCUUUGGUGCUAGGUGAUGUAGGUUUAUCAUCUGUUAGCCAUCAUCUAAUGAAUUUUUAUAGGUAAAGUUGAUUUUGCCUUACUUUUGAUUUGUUUUCUCUUAAAAUACAUUAUUCUCACUUUCUUCUUACUUGUAUUUUUCCACUGUGUUAGUUACUCUUAUAUCUUAUCUUUUCUGUUGGUUGGGUUGUGGUGAAUGACAAGAAUAACUGUAUUCCUGUUACUGCAUUUAUGCUUUGGGACCACCUCAGAAGCAUUUCAGCAUUUAAAUUAUCCCAUCAUGCAAUUGUAAAAUUUGUGAUCUGAAAUUUUAUAGCCUUCCUAAACUGAACUGUGUACCUUUGGUGCUUACAGUAAAUUUUGUGUGUGCAUUUUCUCAUGUGGCAAUUCUCAGUUUGUCUGUUGCCUGUUUACAUUGUUUUGAUUUGAUUAGUAUUUGUUGCACUGCUGAUAUUGUUGAUCAAAAGUUGAUCGUUAAGACAUCUACUUACUGUGAUAUUUUAGGCACUGUGUUUAUUUGUAGUCAUAUGAUAAUAAAGAAUGCAUUUCCAUGAGCUGUAUGAGGUAAA